CGUGAUCGUUUAUCAUGGGUGUGGUGGACAGAGGGACGAGCAGGUGGGAGAGAGGUUGGAGUCUUGGGGGGUGAAAAGGAGGAUCGAGAUCAGGAGUGUACGGCUGAGGUGAGGAGGGUAGAGCUGUUGUGUUGGCCGGGUUUGAGUCGGGAAGAGGCAAGAUGGAAGGAGGCUCGUCCUCAAGAGUUGUCGGGGGCCACCCGAGGAGCCGAGAUCCGGGGAGGGCCAUCCGUCGAGAAAGGGGGGUUGAUGUGGGAAGGGGAAGAGGAAGCAGAUGAUUUGGUUAAGUCACCACACCGGGACCAACGGAAAGGACAAGGGAAUCUUGAAACAGAUCCCUGCGUUCCUCGGGGCUGAUGUUACGCAGCUGCCUGGAUAAGGCGAACGGGCACGUAAGGGUCCAAAUAGGCCAAAGGGCCAGGGCAAGUUCCCCUCUUCUCUGAAAGUAGCUCAUGUUGUUCCAACUUUGUCUGGCAAAGGUCCUAGACCAAAUUUAUUCCUGGGUUGCUGCGAGUAACAUGGCCUUGAAUGGAAUGAAAUUCCGCUCAAUGACCUUUUGGUCGACGCCAUUAGACACUCCACUAUUAGAUGAUGAAGGUUGGCUUUGCUAUUCGUUGAAAUCCUUUCUCCACAAAAAUGCCAAAAAUCAGGGUGACGGACUCCAUUUCUCUUUAAAGUUCCUUUACUUCACAUGGCUAAUAGGUUUACCAUAUUUUGUAUCGAUUUCUUCUUCUAGCCAAUAUGGGUUGGUGGUAAAUUGUACAGGAUUGGGAGCUCGCAAGUUGUGCCGAGACGCUUUAGUCCUACCCAAACCUUCCAAAAUCGUUCAAGUUGUUGCACCUUGGAUGAAAACGGCCGUGAAGGUUGAGUCUCAAAUAUCAAUCUUACCAGGCUUGCAUCAACUGACGCUUCAUUCUGGGACUCAACAUUCCAAGUUGCCUCCAAAUGUCUGGGCUCAAGCAUGUCAAGUGAUGCCUCGUUUAAAAGAUGCAGCCCACCAGAUUCAUGACACCUUUGUUUGGCGAUCCCAUCGAAUUCACCCAAGACUAGAAUUCGAACAGAUUGGACCUCUUAACGUCAUUCAUAACUACGGCCAUGGGGAUUCAAGUGUCGUUUUAGCUCCAGGAUUCGCGGACGCUGUGAUCAAUAUGAGUUGUAAAGUCUGCAGAAAACCUCAAAAUACAAUGGGGAAGCUUUGAACUCAUGGCUAAGUUUUCGAAAUUGCUUGUCAUGUGUUAGACAAGGCCUUGCGAAUGUUGGAAGCAUUUUGUACGCUAAGUCAGGAAUCCCUGCAUUGGAGGAAGAUCCAGGAUUGGGAAGAGAUACCAAGACUCGUCCAUCUCUUGCCACGAGGGGCUGGUUUUCACCGUAUCAGUUAGCGAUAAUAAAAUAUUAUGCGUGAGAGAGUACCGUCAAUAUGUCCUUUAACACGUUUUAGAAAACUAAAGCAAGGCGAACACAAA